AUGGGCAGGACGAAGCGCAAGCAUAAUGAGGAUGCGUCCGAAGCAGUGGCAGGAUACACGUCUAUACUAGAACGCUUCAAGCGAUGGCUUCUCUGCGAGCACCGGGAGUUCGUAGUCGACUCCGUCAUUCAAUUGCCUCUGUCGACCACUCUCUGCCAUACAUACUUGGACUACGCAUCAAUCAAGCGCGAUGCUACAGGAUCGGAGCUAGUGCCCAAACGAUUCAACUCGUUUUCGACCAUUGGGACGUGUAAAAGUGCAUUAAAGUACCUUUACAAGGAGGCCAACCUCAAGAUGCACGAUGACCUGGACGCUAGGCUCAAAGGGCUUCCAAGCAAGGAGAGUUCAACGUUGCUCUUUGGCGUGAACGCCAAGGCCCGGUUUUCGAAGUGGUUGCUCAAAGUGUGUGCUUCAAACGAAGCGGAGAUCGUUGCCAUGGACAUGUCAUUUUCUGAUAUUGGCACACACUCAUUCCGAAAAGGCGUAGCAACAUCGCUGUCGAACACGCCGGGGGGGCCACAGGCUGUAUCCAUUUGGCUGCACGCUGGAUGGAGUCUUGGCAGCGUUCAAGGGCGCUACGUCUUUGAGGGGUCAGGGGGUGAUCAAUUCGUCGGCCGUGCGGCUACAGGUCUCCAAUUAAGUUCGAGUGCUUUUGGCGCGCUACCUCCUCAUAUCGCAGCACUUGCGUUGGAGGAGUGGGAGAAGUACUUGCCAGACUACGCAACUGAGUACCCAGCCUGUUUUCGCUGCGUGUUACCUUAUCUGUUGGCUUCGUUGGCAUUACCCCACGAGUGGUUGAAAGUGACGUUUAGUCCGGGGCAUCCUCUGUUUAUGUCGACGGUGUGGCGUUCGGGUAAAUUGAACCCCUUGUGGCCAUGA